CAAGGGCCUGGUCACACUCAUACUUUGUUUUCAUUUAUAUUAUCUAGUAAAUAAUAAUUAAUGCAACUAUACCAAAUGUUAGCCAUUCGUUUACUGAGGCUGCAAACUGGAAACUUGGCAAUUAACAAUGUAUACCAACGAACGCUUUCACGGAAUAAAAGCACAAAAAACACGAAGAAAGACAACGUAAUGCGGCAGGGCAAAAUAUUCAGCUCGUUGUUUGGAAACCGGCUUAAGGGCAGUAAUAGCCGGUGGUACCCAGCACCUGAGGUCAGCUCACAUGGCGGCAGUGGAAACCAAAAGUCGGGUUCAUCGCUGCACGCCUUGAAGUUCGGAACACCCCAUUCGCACUCGGCUCGGGACAACAUUCGGCGCAUGUCCGUCCUGAACAAGGUCUUCAUGACGAACAUAACCGAUAUUUUGGCCACCGGCGCAGUGGCCGACUCUAUCGUGGGACAAGGAGUGCAAAUUUCCUAUGUGAAGAUCACCAGCGACUUUUCCCGAAUCAAUGUCUACUGGAUGGGCAAGGAUGGAUCAGCCAACGAUGUGCUCGAGGAUAAACUGAAUCGCUUGAGCGGCAAACUGCAGCACGAGCUAUCGCAGCUCCACCUGAUGGGCGAAGUACCCCGGAUAAAGUUUGUUCGCGACAAAACGAGCAGUGGUCUAUAUCAGGUCCAGGAAGUACUAUCCAAACUGGACAUCCAGAAUAAACACUCCAGUUCUAGUCCAAAUAGCCAUACAGAACCGGAGGAAAUCGAUGUACAGAGUUGUCAGGCUGCUUCAGACACUGAAUGGCCGGAGAUGAGACAAGAUUUCCUCAGUUUUAACCAAAGCUCAGUUAUGGAUAAGAUUCUCGGCAAGAUGCGCAAGUCCAAAGAUGCCUGGGUUCAUCAUAAGCAAAAUGUUUCCAAGACCUCAUGAUUGAUAGGGCCUUUUGACCGUUUUUGUUGCACUCUGUUUUAUUGUAGAUAAAUUUUAAUUAAAAUUACAAUUUGUUGAAAUACAAAAAUCGAUUAGUACAAAUUUUAA